UGGCCAUUGAAGCUAAAGAAAUGUCAAAACCAUUGGAGAGAUACCAAAAACUUGCGCUGAAAGAGUGUUUAGGAUCAAUUCACAGAUACCCUUUAGUAUGUAAAGAGCUCAGCUUAAUUCUCAGAGGCGCUUAUAGAAAAGUGCCCAAGAAUCUCCAAUCUCUUAUCUUCCAAGACACCCUCACCGCCUUUCGUCUCCUUCCUGAAAUGAAGACAGGCAGUGCUGUCUCGGCAGCUCAUCUCCUCCUCCAGAGUGUUGAGGCCACAUUGCCAAAGCAAAAGAAGAACUUGGCUGUUGCAGAAUAUAAGAAUGCAAUGGUUGUUCACAAGAGGCGCACUAAAGCCCACCAAGAAGAGAAUCUUGCACAUCUGCCACAAGAUGUUCUUGUUCACGUGUUCAGUUUCCUGGAUUUUCAAUCUUUAGUCUCUGUUGGACUAGUAUGCUGGUCAUGGAAUUUUGCGGCAAGUGAUAAUCGGCUGUGGCAGAGGCAAUACGCUACAUUCUUUAGGGAUUCUUACAAUGACUUAAAUAUCAAGGAACAGCAUACCAGUAGACAGGUUCAAGAUAAAAGUGAUACGCUGUUUUGGAGAAAAGCCUUCAAAAUAGCAUAUAAAGGGAAUAGUUCAUCAGAGAAAUUAAAAUCCAGUAGGGGAUACUGUAGACACUGCAAGACAAUUGUUUGGCUCGAUAACAUGAAAUGUUUCAAUGAACACAUUGGACUAAAUACUGAAAUUCAGAAAAUUGACCCUGUAUUACCUAGUCAGGUGGUUGACUACUUGUUGGAAGGUUCUAUAUCACUCAAAUCUUCUUCAGAGAGCGAUAGCGACAGUGAUUCAGAAGUAGGGUUGUUUUUCUCCAGGUUAUGGGCCUAUGCCUAUCAAAGACCCUUGACUAGACCUGAAGAUAAGCCUUCCGAUUAA